AUGAAUCCCUUCGGAAAGCCCAAGCAGCAGCAGCAGCAGCAGCAGCAGCAGCAGCAGCAGCAGCAGCAAGAAGCAGCAGCAGCAAGUGCAGCAGGGAAUGAAUCCACAGGCAGAGGCAAAAGGCGAGAGAAAAACGAACAUAACAGAGACGCAGCAGCAGCAACAACAGCAGCAGCAGCAGCAGCGGAUCAGGCUGCUGCAGCACCGACUGCUGCUGCUGCUGCUGCUGCUGCUGCUGCUGCUGCUUCUGGGAAGUCUUCGCUGAAAGACAAAAAGGGAUAUAUGCCUUUUUUGAAAGCUCAGAGAGAAUUCGAAAUGAAGCAAAAGGCAAAAGAAGAAGAGAGACUGGCGAGGCUGGCAGAAGCUGAAAAAGAAAGAAAAAGAAAAAAUGAAAAACGAAAACUAAACAAAAUUACUCACCGGAAGCUGCAGGCGAGGACGAAGAAGGGCCAAAUUGUCAUGGGGAAUGUAGUUGAAGUUCUGCUUCAGAAAAUGCACAAAAAUGCGCAAAAAAGCAACUAA